CAACUUCUGCGCACCAAGACUCCAACAAUCUGGUUUGAUUCCAUGCUCCAACACCCUCCUCCCCUGCCCUCCCUUCCCACUCAGCUUAGGGGAACCCAGUCUCAUACGAAUCCACCGCCAAGCAAUCAGUCUUUGGUGAUUCACUGUGAUGGGUCGUUUGUUAGCGACUCCCAGUCGGCGGCAUAUGGUGUUGUGGUUGUUAACCACCAUGGACAAGUGUGUGAUGGAAGAGCUGAGAAUCUUCUUUGUUCCACCCCGAUUGAAGCGGAAACUAAGGCCCUUCUUGAAGGAGUGAAAUUAGCUCAAGAAUAUGGAUCCGAGUGUACGGUUCAUUCCGACUGUCAGGUGCUGGUGAAAGCUUUGGAUAGUGAUCGCUCUCGAUGGCCAUGGAGAUGUGCAGCAUGGAUCGGAUCGAUUGUUUCUAUUCUCCGAACAAACCCUCUCAUCAAAGUCAAAGAAGUGCCCAGAACACUUAGGGUCGUUUGGAUUGAGUAUUUGGGGGUGUUAUUUGGGGUCAAAUAACAGAUUUUGUGUUAUUUGACCCCAAAUAACAUGUUUGGCUGACAAAAAGUGAGAUGCGUUAUUUGGAUGUAAGUGUUUUGCCAAAUAACAGGUUUGAGACCAAAUAACACAAAAAGUGUUGUUUGCCAAAUACUUGGGAGGGGGCAGGUAUUUGCCAAAUAACAAGUUUGAGACCAAAUAUCACAUACCAAAUAACAGGUUUUAUAUUAUGUGGUAUUUGUGUGGUAAUUGACCCCAAACAACAAGUUUGUCAAAUACUCAAUCCAAACGACCCCUAAUGUUAGAGCAGAUUGGGUUGCACGAUCAAAAGCUCGAGCAUCACUUCCUGAUGAUUGGAUUAAUAUUCUUGAUCUCAUUUCUGAUCUUCUUUAAAGAUUGUAACCAAGUUUCUCGUCUUUCAUUUGUUUGGUGGAAUAAAAGUCGGUAAUCUUUGUAAAAAAAACAACUUUUUCCUUAGGGAUGGCAAAAAUAUCCGUAACCGUGGGUAUCCGCCCAAAUCCGGCCUAAUCGGGUAGGGUAAAACCCAAACCCGAAAGACAUUUAGUGGGUACGGAUAAAAUCCGAACCCGAAUAUUGUGGGUAAUGGGUGGGCAUGGGUUUCUCACUAUCCAACCCGAACCCGCCCGAUUAUACACAUGCAUAUGUAUUUUGACUAGAAAUAAUUAUUAUUUUUCUCUAACAUAUUUUAUAUUUAGCAUAUAAAUAUAAUAUUUUCAUGAAAUUGUGUAGUUUUAAUUAAUUUUCUUCAUUCUACUGAAUUAUUGUCGUACUUUUCCUCUUACGUAAUGUGAGAAUACGUGUGAAUGUUAACAUAUUGUUUGGAGUUAUGAAGAGAAAUUAUUACCCAUGGAUAACCGUGGAUACCCGAAACCCGAACGGGUAUGGGCAUGGUUUUAAUUUUCUACUCAUUUCACAUGUGGGUAUGGGUAUGGGUAUGGGUAAAACCCGAACUACUAUGGAUAGGGUAACGGAUAUGCACUAUCCGCGCCCGACCCGACCCAUUGUCAUCCCUAUUUUUCCUUCGCCGCGCUGACUUGCGGCCAGAGGAGAGGAGGUGAAGCCGCGGGAGAAUGGUUAUAGCUGUAGCGGUGCUAAUUCUGGGCGUCUUGUUCGGAGCCUUGUUUCUGAUUCCACGAAAAUCUGGUAAAAUCGUUUUGGGUUUCUUUCCUCAUGUAAUUCUUCAUUAGAUUUCCCAGUGGUUGAUCGACGAAAGUUUUUGAGUCUUUCAGCUGUCGCAGAAAAGAACCGAACAAAUGCCGCAGAUAGAAAGAAGGUGGGUUCUGAUUGUUACAAGCUAUUCGCAGCAUUUUUGCAAUGCUACGUCGAGAAUCUGAUUUUUGCACGUUUGUCUAAGCUCGUAGCCGCCAUUCAUUGGAUAGUGAGAGACUAAUGAAGUUGGAAUUUAGAUGAGAAUCCAUUUAUGAACAAAGUCCUGAUGCUCAAUUGGUUUUUCAAGGUGACACGGCUUGCCACUUCUUGGUUCUUAGUAAUGCCAUGAUUGUGUUCAAAUUUACCAGCAGCCAAGGUUAAUGUUGGCAACGCUUGGUUGCUUGUCUGGAGUGAAUAUGGGUUGAGGAGGGAUUUGGAAAACGUGAUACACCUAUGACUGCAUUUGUUGCAGACAGAUGACAGAUGCUACUAUGAACCCUUUGCUUUCUUGGAUCUUGAUUACAGCCGUCUACUUUAAAUUGUAGUUUGUUCGUGUGCUGGGUUUCAGACGCUGUGUUAUGCUAGUCAUGCUUAUAGUUCGGUCGAAGUCAUUGGUGUUCACUUAGCCACUGAAUAAGUUCCAUGCUUCUGGUUUUCUUAUUCUCAGGUAUACGGAGUGUACAGCAAAGCUGAGGUCGCCUUGCAUAACAAGAGAACUGAUUGUUGGAUCAUUGUGAAGAACAGGGUAUGGUAUUUCUCCCAGUUUAAUCCUCCAUACCAAUCAUUUAAAGCCGUUAAUACAAGCUUUCUGCAAGAUUUAUUUUCCUUAUGCCCUUUUUUGUGUUCUCCCUGCAGAUUUUUGACGUGACCUCGUAUGUAGAAGAACAUCCCGGUGGUGAUGCUAUUCUGACGAAUGCUGGAAGCGAUUCAACCGAAGGGUUUUAUGGGUAUGCUUGAUCUUCAUCCUCAACACUAGUUUAGCAGAGAUUGUCCCUAUUCAAUUUUUAGUUCAAAGAAUCAAGUGAGAAUUUGUUAACUACACUGUAUGCCAUUGCAAAUGCUUAAACCAAACUAGUUAAGAAUAGGCAGCAGAGAUUCAUUCUUAGGUUCUCAGUUCUUUCUCUGAGCUUCAGCUACUGUGUACAGACUACAGAGUGUCCGUGUUUUUGAAACAGAUUGUUAACCAUUUAGGAGUAGCUUAGCAGAAACUGAGUAUGUGGAAUCUGGGUAAAAUUAGAAUAAUCUUGAUCUAUGACAUUGUAGUUUUCCCUAUCCUUGGUGAUAAAUCAAAUUAGUUGGUCCAACUACAUUCGUGUUCUCUGAUUCUCUUUCUCGUUCUCGUUAUAGUAAACUACACAUGAUCAAAGAGGGGAACUGAGGAUGUUACAUAUGUUUCUCCAACUUGGAAUGUUUGAUUCCAUUCUGUUUCUUGACAUUGCAGGCCGCAGCAUCCUGGUGGGGCUUUUCAAUUGAUUGAGGACUACUGCAUUGGAGAGCUGGAGAAGUAGUUCAUAGCCUGGGGUUUGGCUUCAUCUAACACCACAUUAAGCACAUUCUAUUUGUAUCAACUUGAUUCUUCUUCUGGCCAUGCUGCUGAACUGCACUGCAGCGUUUUCGCACUGAGAAGAUAAUGAUCCAAUUACUUGAUUCCUCGAGUUGCAGCAUGUUAUGUCCUAUGCAUGAGUGAGGAGAUAAAGAUUCAGUUGUAGACUAGAACUCAGUCUGUCUUCUAGGUUCUCUAUUUCAGCAAGCAUUAUCACCUUAAACUUGUAUAGGAGAUUCUCUUAUUUAAGAAAUAUUUUGAAACGAU